GCGUUGGUUGCUAGGCUGAGGCGGGCAGGGCGUCAGACUUAGUCCGCUUCUGGUUCGGCCAUAGCGGAAGUGCGGAUCCGAGCGGCUCUCAGGUGCAGCGAGAGCGAGAUGGAGGUGAAUCAGGCGGCGUCUGGCACCGACGGUGUCCGCGAGCGGGGAGGCUCGGACCGAGCUGAAAGGAGGGAGCAGAACCGAGAUGAGCGGCGUCAGUCCGGGACGAACGGGCUCCCGAAACACUCCUACUGGCUGGAUCUCUGGCUCUUCCUCCUUUUCGACCUGGUGUUGUUCAUCUUCGUGUACCUUUUGCCCUGACUGCUUUGCCGAGAUGUCAAGAGCGUGUGGCUUCUGGGGUGAAUCCUGAAUACUACAGACUUCUUGAAUAAAGAGGAUUUCCAGCAGCUGAAUUCCAGACCUCUAACCUUUCCUUAAGCCCUGACCUCCUCAAAAUAGCACCAUGUAUUUCAAGCCUGUUUUUAGUGCUUGAAUUAAUAUUAUUGUAGCUAAAUGAUAUAUGUAUAUAUAUUUUUAAUAAUGCUUGCAACUUAAGUACUUAAGGAAAUAUAUGUGGAAUUUACUCACCACAUGAGGUAUUGGGCCCCUCACUAUUAACCAGGACACAGCGCUCAACAACAGAGAAAAAAAAACAUUCCUUUGUGAUACUUACUAUCUUGAAUAUUGUUUUAAAAUAUGCUAUUUUAAAAUAUUUAUCGUCUGUGAUUGGGUUGGUAGCAUUUACUCAGAAAUGCAACGGUCCCAAAGCAGCCACUAUAAGUACUUUGGAAGCUGUUCUUUUUCAUCCUAAGAUUUGUGUAAUUAGAAAUUGGUUACUGUUGGUUUUAAUGCUGUUCAGGAUGAGAAAUGGCAAAAAUAUAGGGGGGGCUUCUCCCUUAUAAUUAAGUCAUAUUUGGUAAAUUGUUAACAGCUAUGUCUUCAGGAUAUUGUUGCAUUUGCUUGGAUAAUUUUUUUGUAAUUGUAAUUUAUAAUUGAAGCAUUUGUAUCAGAACACAGGACUGGGAGGACACUGAGUAUACCAGACUGUGUGACCCAAUUUGUACUGUGUACUAAUUUUCUCUAAUAAAUGCUUAGUUAUACUGCUGAAUUUGGUUUCACUGUGUCAUAUUCUCACGAUAGAGCAGGGAGGUUAAUAGUCCUGACAGAGCACACAUGCACUUUAUUCUCGAGCCCCAAAACUGAAAAUUUAUAGUAUGGAGAUCUUAAAUGAUGGUUAAUUUUUGGGUCACUUUAUUCCUGGGUAUGUCCCUGUUUCUGGAAGAUAAACUGAUAUGCUGGAAAAAUGGUAAAGAAACUCACCCCCAUGUGAGGCCGCCAGCCCUUUGAGAACCUGGAUGAAAAGAGAAGGCAAGUUCUCUGUGCUGGGACAUUUGUGUGGAUACCGUCCUGGGAUGAAUGAAGGUUGUGCCGAGCUACUCUAGACUAAGAACAAGACUAGGAUCUUGAGGACAAGCAGGACUGUUCUUACCUCCGAGUUAGGCAUAACAGGCGCAGCUGUAACUGUUGUGAGCGCCAUGACAUCCAGCCACUGCCUUAAUGCCUCCCCUUAAAAUAGCUUCCAAAAGCUUUUGACUGCCGUGCCCACUAUAGCUGCACAACUGUAUUUAACAAACUAUUCCUGCCCUUCUCCUAGUGCCAACUGCCACACCAACUCCAGUGUCGUCUGUGUGACAUGACAUACGUCAUGCCGGAUGGGAGCUACGUGUCCUAUGGGACUAGGCUUCCUGGAGGUCAAUGGCAGAUGGCCCUGUAUUAGCCACCUUUGUGGCAUAGACGGGUUUCUCAAUUAGCUGGCUAUGUGACAUAUGGGCUUUGCACAAUCUCUUUUAUAAUAAUGAUAUUCUAUAUAUCUACAAGACAAGGAUUAUCUCUUCAGGAACAGCUCCGGGAUAGGGAAGCACAAUAUGGGAAUGUAUAAGACUACAGCAGAACCCUUGUCAUAUACGGGGUGUAUGAUGAGCAAGGGAAUAGAUGCGUUAAUGUUGAUGGACAAAGACUGUUAUAUUAUACUCUGAACUUUAUGGAUAGGCUUGCUAGAUCCCAACCCCCAUGGUGUCUACUGCAUAAGAAGGUACUAAAAAAUAUAUUUCAACAGGUGCAGAGAACUGAUUAGGUAUAUUUGGUCACAAAUGAGAUAAAGAAAGGGUUAGAAAGAGGAAGGGCCACGAUAGUGAUAAUGAGACAGAAACUUUCUAUUCAUAAGAUGAAACCACAUGUCUGAGGUUUACAUUCCCAAGAACAAGAGUUCCUCUUCUAAGGAUGCUUUAUGUCUAACACCUGUUCCUGAUAAUGUACUUUUCUUAAAUAUUGCUGAUGUGACUAAAAGAAGCUUUCAUAUUAUGCCAACCAAUGACACAUGACCUUCUGAUUUGUUGUUUGAAUACUAUAUAAUGAAAACAUGAAUUCAGUAAAAU